AUGAGUCACCCCGCAGUGCACACUCUCGGGAGUUUAAUCGAAAGUCAUACGACGAAUGUUGCAUCGUCAUCAUCAUCCUCUCUUCCUCAACAACACCCAUCUCAAUUUCAUUCCGCAAAUAUAAAUGCAUUACCCCAUUACUCUUCAAGUGAUAACAGCCGAAUAACAACAACAAGUGGUACUCUUUCCUCUCCUUCUGUGUCCUCUGGUACACUCGUCAUGCCUAAUAAUACAUCAUCAUCAACAACAACAGCAUCGAAUGCUCCAACUACAAGUGUAGUCACUGUGUUUGCUCCGAUGGAGGCAUCACAAAUAAGAAUGAAAUUAAGAGCACAACGGAAAAAGAAGCAUGUUACUUUUACAAAAGAUGUAGAAGAUAAUGAACACAAACAAAUGAAAACUUCUAAAAAAUGUUGUAUAUUUCAUCGUAAGAAAGCAUAUUACGAAAGUGACACUGAAAGCGAUUCAAGCGAUGAUGAGGACAAUGAAGAUAAGGCUCCAUGUCCUGAAUGUGGAAAGUAA